AUGGAUGCAGACUCCCCUCCGAUGGAGCGGAGUGGAAAUGACGUUAAUGAUAUCCCAGCUGAGACAGAAACGACAACAAUCCCACGGAGCUCCGCGCACGAUGAUGGGGUAGACUACAGUGGCAUUGCGAACUCGGACGACGAUGUCCAAACUAAAUGGCUUGACGUGCCCUGGAAGACAUAUGAGACCAACGACUUUCCAACGGCUACCUCAUCCAAUACAGAUGCAGAUGUGGAUACAAGCACCUAUACGUACGAUGAUCCAGAAGACUUCGGUGACUUUGCACGCAAUUCGCGGGAACGAUGUCGUAUCAACGCUGAGCCCGAGGACAACUACGAUCCGAAGGACAAUCCACAUGUCUUUUAUCCCAUCUGUGUUGGGGAAGUUCUGAAUGAGAGAUACCGUGUCGAAAAUAAACUUGGACAUGGGGGAUCCUCCACUGUUUGGAUGGCCUACGACCUCCAGGAUGAGACAGAUGUCGCCCUCAAAAUCAUGUGUUCAGGUGAAUCAGGAGAAAGCGAAAUCAGCAUCCACGGUGAAAUCACUCGAAAUGUCCAGGAUCCGUCCCACCUAGUGACAUGCCUGGCAACCUUCCUACUACCCGGAAAUGAAUGUGAUCACAGAGUUCUCGUGUUACCCUUGAGAGGCCCAUCUAUGGACUUUUAUUAUCGAGAUCGCAUCCCUUUCGCCUCUCGAAUAUCAGCUGCCAAGCAACUACUGAUGGCCGUGGAAAGCCUGCACAAGGCUGGAAUUGUUCACAGAGGCGAAUUUGACGGACAGGAACUGGACCUCUGGAAGGAAGGAGAGCUUGUUAAUGAGCUUGAAGUCCCGAGUAAUCUACGCACAGAAGAUUUCUAUCUCGCGGACUUUGGUCUAGCAAUGAAAAUUGGUGAUGAGCCUCAGAAGGGUUUUCCGCCUGAUCUGCAUUGCUCCCCAGAGCGGCUCCAUAACCAGGAUCCAAGCUUCGCUUGCGACAUGUGGAGUUACAUGAUUCUCUUUGCAGAGCUUUACACCGGUUUUCACCCUUUCCCUCACCUUGGACGUGGCGCCUUAUUUGGUCUGGUCAAUUCUUUAGGCCCACUUCCCAGCCAUUGGAAGGGCCUCUGCAUCGACGCCGAGGACUCCUGGUACGAUCAAGAUCGACUUCCUGAUCCAGAGUUUUCGCUCGCAUCAACAAUUGAAACGGAUCUACCCGAUGCUGAUCCAAUCGAGCGGGAACAUGCACGCUCUCUCAUGACUCGAAUGUUUACUUUUUGCCCCGAGGAACGUCUGACCGCAACGCAGCUCCUGCAGGACCCUUCGUUCAAAGCUAUCAUGGAGAUCCAUCACUGUUGA